AAGUGCCCUGCUUUUCGAAUGCGCCAAUCACAUAAAUGGCCUGCAUUCGGCUUUUCAAUCCAUGUUACAGUUGGUCAGACAAAUCCUAAGCAACCAACAAAUCAGAGAAUCGCUAUAUGUCGCUGGUGGUGUACUGGAGGUUUGAUACAUCUCCCUUGUACCAGCAGCACCUGAAAUCAGCAUAAGAACCCCUCCUCGCCGCCGCCAAAGCAAUUGUGAUCCUCAGACAAUCAGCCACCCUCUCACUUCAUCAAUACAGUACCACCAUACUCCAACCUCUAUUGUGAAGAAGGAGAAUCAUUCUGCUUGCAAGAAAAAUUCGAAACAUUCCGCAACUGAAGUGCUUGGUCUCGUGGUCAUCAUGGCUAACCAUUGCUUCAAACUUAACCCCGGUUAAGUUACACCCGACAAGAUGAGCAAGAUUUCUUUGCCGGCAUUGAAGUGGAUAAGAUAUGGUUGGAUCCUCAUCUUUUCUUGGACCCGGGUCUGUUCGUCGACCCCCGUCAAGAACCUCAUGCCGACUCGUCACCUUGCCAUGCUUUCCCGCAAGCGAAAGACCCCCGUGACCCGGGUGGCAUUUCGUCUUUGCAUUCCAUUCAUUCCGGCAUCCUUCAAGAAUCAUACCGCGACUCAGAUCUAUCUUGCAACGAGCCAUUAGAAGUAGUCGGUCCCGGAAAUCCUGACGGUGCUUUUCCGUUCCAACUUGAAUCAUUCCUUUCUCGACCAAGGUUCCGCGAGGAGGCGACAUGUGAGUCGCUUUCACGCCGUAAACGUUCAGAACUGUCGCCGUGCUCACUACCGAGCUAUCCAAUCUCUCCACACCUGGCUACCUCCGACGAUAGCCUGUCUAUUUCCUUUUCCUCUUCUUCUUCUUUUUCUUCUCCUUGUACCCCUCGUGUGGAAAGCUCCAAACUGCAAGGCAUGACUCAAGUCUGUGAGAACAAGGAUAUUUUGCACUCCAAUAAUCAUCACACAACCACAAUCUAUCCCGAGCGAGGGUCUUUCCGUUGCAAGAAAUGCUUUAUCAAACCCUUCAAGUACGAAAGAGAUUUAAAACGACAUCUAGAUAGCAAACAUUCUGGUGCCUUUUAUGUCUGCCGAUGUGGAUAUUAUAAUGGGCGAAAAGACGUAUACCGAAAUCAUCUACUCAAAGAUAACUGCGUUGGUGAAAGGUCAUACAUAUGUAUUUGUGGUCGUUGUUCUUGCGACCUUGCCGAACAUCGCCAGCAUUUCGAAUACUGUCGGAAAGGAAAGCGAGGAAGACCUAUAAAACAGAACGCUCAUGUCAAAGUUUGAAUAGGCAGUACAGAGCAGAUAGCGAUCUUUAUUUUAUUUCAAGUUACACUCAGACCCC